AUGUAUACUGACAUACUGUAUAGUUGACUACCUGUAUACCACUGAACAUCCAACCCAUGACGAAGAAGCAAGUGAAGUACUGUGUGGUGGAUGCAUUCACAGAAUCAGCAUUCAAGGGAAACCCAGCUGCAGUUUGUUUGUUAGAAGAGGAAAAAGAUGAUUGGUGGUUACAAUUGGUGGCCACUGAGUUUAAUCUCUCUGAGACAUGUUUCUUGACUAGGAUUGAAUUGGGUUAUGCUAAUCCUAGGUUUCACCUCAGAUGGUUUACUCCUGUUGCUGAGGUUAAACUUUGUGGCCAUGCAACUUUGGCGGCAUCUCACUUCAUCUUCUCAUCUGGUUUGGUGAAAGUGAAUGUGAUUGAGUUCAUUACACUCUCUGGAGUUUUGACUGCUAGGAGGGUUUCACUGCCUAAAGUUUCGGUUUUAUCACACUUGACAAGUGAUGACGCAGGUGAUGAUUUCUGUAUAGAGUUGGAUUUUCCUGUGGUGCCACUGGUUGAAUAUAAUUCUGCUGAGGUGUCAAUCAUUUCACAAAGCCUAAACGGCGCCUCUAUUGUUGACAUCAAGAAGACAACUACAGAAGAUGACCUCCUUGUUGUGCUAUCAUCUGGAGAGACUGUUGCAGAUUUAAAGCCGAUGUUUGAAAAGAUACAGAAACUUCCUUGCAGAGGAAUGACUAUAACAGCGCUUGCUCCCUCUGACUCUGGAUUUGACAUAUACAGCCGCUUCUUUUGUCCUAAAUAUGGGAUUAAGGAGGAUCCUGUCACAGGCAGUGCACAUUGUGCCUUGGCACCCUAUUGGUGCCAAAAGCUGGGAAAAAGUGAUCUUGUUGCGUAUCAGGCAUCAAGUAGAGGUGGCAUCAUUAAAUUACAUCUAGAUGAGAAGAAUCAAAGGGUAAUGCUCCAAGGGAAAGCUGUUACUGUGAUGGAAGGUUCUCUCCUAGUGUAAAUUUGGAGGUAUUCCUAGAAUGCCUAAAGUGAACAGGGAACUAUUCAUCACUAAAACAUCAAAAUCUUGAGAUCUUCAUAUUGUAUCUGUAACAGUUUACUUCAACAAGUUUCUUUACCAUUUGCUACA